CCCAGCCAUCGAGCACUUUUUGGUGUUGGAUUACAGAAUAGGCUGCAAUGGUUCGGUUCGCCGAAGAAUUCUGGGUGAAGUGCCCAUGAAUUUCACUGUAGUAGAGCUUUGUUGGUGGGGUCUGUUGGAGAAGUAGCGAGUGUAUCCGCUCGUCUUUCCCAAUACAACACUUCUCACCUCUACAAAUGCUUCUUUCCACUUUGCUACAACAAAUAUAUUCGUAAGACUUAUAGUUCUGUCUCGGCAUGGAGUCUUCAACAUAUAUUCUUCUCUCGGGUAUAGGAGCAAUGCUCCUUGCCUUUCUCUUGCAUCAGAUUCGUUAUCGACUCGCUGUUGCCAAUAUCAAACGCAAAAAUGGCUGCCUCGAACCCAGAAUAUACCCGCACAAAGAUCCUAUCUUUGGGCAUGAUUUAUUUCUCAGCAUGGGCAAAGCUAUGAAAGCCGGCAAGUUGCUAGAAACGACCCAGAAGCUCUUCAAUACCUACGGGAAAACGUUCCAAGUCAAUUCCUGGGGUACAACUACGAUCUACACCAGCGAGUCAACGAACAUACAGACCGUCUUAGCAUCGUCUUUUAAGAACUUUGGUGUAAUGAAGAUCGAACGACGUACGCCAGGAGGUUCGAUCAUGGCUGAAGGUAUCUUUUCCGCAGACGGUCCUGUAUGGGCACGUUCACGAGGCCUCAUAAGACCAACAUUUGCAAGGUCCGAAAUUUCGAACUUCAAUAGUUUGGAGAAACAUGUCAGCCGAUUUAUCGAACUCAUUCCUGUUGAUGGAUUGCCUGUGGACUUGCAGCCACUCUUGAAACACCUGUUCCUGGACAUCUCCACCGAAUUUCUGUUUGGCGAAUCAGUGGAUUCUCAGUUACCAGACACCCCCUUCGAUUCCGUGCAAUUCCUACAGGCGUUCGACACUUCUAUGAGCGGCCUCGCAGCACGAAUGAUGCUCGGAAAGCUCAAAUUCAUUCGAGGUUUCGAUACGAAGUGGAAAGCGGCUAACAAAACAGUGCUCUCCUAUGUCGAUAGACACGUUUCCAGGGUCCUCAAAGAAAGACCAGACUUCAAGCUGGAUAGUGAAGAUGGUGGGCAGAAGAAAUACAUUCUCUUGAACGAAAUGGCGAAGGAAACUCAAGAUCCUAUUGAUCUGCGCUAUCAGCUAAUCAACGUAUUCUUUCCGGCACACGAUUCGACGGGGAUUGCUAUUAGCGAUAUAUUCUUCCACCUUGCGAGGGAUCCUGAGCGUUGGGAGAAGUUGAGAGCAGAGGUCUUGACCAUGACGGCUUCUCGACCCCUGACAUUCGAACUAUUGAAGUCAAUGAAUUAUUUGCGAUAUGUGUUUAACGAAAGUCUCCGCCUCCAUCCCACAGCGCCCAUAAUCCGCCGAAUCUGCCACCAAGACACCAUACUGCCGCAUGGCGGCGGUCCCAACGGACAAUCUCCAAUUUUAGUCAGAAAAGGCGAGAACGUCGUUCUCAACCUUUACACCUUACAUAGAGACAAGGAUAUCUGGGGCGAGGACGCAAAUGAGUUCCGCCCAGAACGUUGGGAAACGGCGCGACCCACUUGGGAAUACCUGCCAUUCUCGGGAGGUCCUCGUAUCUGUCCUGCACAGCAGAUGGUGUUUACGGAUGCUGCUUACAUUAUUGUGAGAGUGAUACAACAGUUUGCCAGAAUUGAGAAUCAAGACCCGAGACCUUGGGCUGAGCGGUUUAGAUUGACUGUUGAGAAUCGGAAUGGGGUGAAAGUCAAGAUGGUGCAGAGUUGA